UGGUGGACUUUUAGGCGGCGUACUAGGUAGCGCAACUAGUGGACUUUUAGGUGGCGUACUUGGUGGUGCAACGAGUGGAGUUUUAGGCGGCGUACUUGGUGGCGCAACUAAUGGACUUUUAGGCGGCGUGCUUGGUGACGCAAGUGGCGGACCUUUAGGCGGCGUGGUUGGCGGCUUGGGUGGUGGGGAAAACAACAUCGGUGGCCAGCAAGUCUUGAAUAGAGGCUCCACCAUAUUGGGAAAUAAUAAUCAGGUUUCCAGUUUAUUGAAUGUCGAUCCUCAAGUGAAUGUAAAUGUUAAUGCCUUAAGUAGGGUUAAUCAACAAACCAGCGGCACUGGAGGUCUUUCGGGUACUGGUGGUGCUCAAUCAUCGGCGGUAGGAAGUUCUGGAAGCACUGGAGCUACCCGAGUUGCUGGCGGAAGUCAAACACUUAACAGCGGUACGGUUAUACAAGGCUCAGGCAAUGCAGUUUCCUCACUGGCCAAUGUAGCGCCUCAGGUUGGCCUCGAUAUAGAUUUACUAAAUGCUGUAACUCAAACGGGCGGCGGCGGCGGUGGUGCUGGAUUGCUUGGUGGCUUAUUGGGCGGCGGCGCUGCCAAUAACCUUGGAGGCCAUUUACCUCCAACCCCACGACCAACUCUGCCUCCUACACUUCCUCCAUUACCCCCGACACUACGUCCAACUCCACCUCUCACACUUCCUCCGACUGUACCGCCAACUCCCCCUACACUUUUACUAACUUUGCCCCUUUAUCCUCCAACUUACCCGACUGCACUAAACGUACCUUAUGCCUACCCUCCGCAACCACCAUCGCCGUCCUACUUGGCACCACCUUUACCACCACAAUUCCCUAAAGCUAACUGCUUUGAAAUUACGGAUUACGAUCUAAAUGGGAAAAAGGGUCAAUCUCGUAUAGUGUGUGUUCCACCUCCGUCCCCGCCAACACGUCGUUGUUUCCUCCGCCGUUGCAACAAAUGGUCAAAUCAAGCAGAUACCAGCUGCUGUUUUGAAAACCAUCCACAUUCGCAACCACAUGCACCAAUACCCGCACCUGCGCCAGCACCGAUUUACGAAUCGCCACAACCUGGACAGAUAGAGUCACCGAUAAAUCUAAGAUACGAUCAUUUCUACCCUUAAUGUGUUUUGUAACUCUAUUCCGUUGAAAAUAAACGCCGGUUU